AGAGCACUCUGGUUUUUUUUCCGCUCAGCUGGGAGAGCUUCUCAGCUUUUUAAGUGCUCAGCUGUCACAAACAGUCACAUGGACACACACACACACACCCACCCACACACAUACAUAGAGUCAGGGCUGGGCCGGGUCGGCCUGCUGGCAUUACUCAUCCCAAAUCUCCCACCUGUUGGAGCCUCAUUUGGAAAGUUAGGCAUGUAAAGGAGCAACAAGUCUGGUAGAAGAAAAAUCUGGAAAGAGUCCCGAGAAGUUUGAAGCAGUAGGGACCCGUCCUGACGGCACUGAGCGCCUCAGAACCACAUCACUCUGAGAGGAAGUGGAAUUCAAGUUUCACGUGACACCUGCUGGUCCAGUCUCUGUAUCUGGAGGAACAAAACCUCAACCGACCAAACACCAUGGCUCAUUACGACUCGUUGGAUGACAAGGACUCUGUGGAUAUUCAUGACAACCCACCUCUCCCUGAUAACGUGGUGAAAGAGGAGGACAACACGGUAUAUUUCAUCUACGAUGAGGAGGUGGAGGAGGAGGAGAGAGAGGAGCCUCCUCCACCAGAACCAGUCAGACCAGUCAACGACAAACCUCACAAGUUCAAGGACCAUUACUGCAAGAAACCAAAGUUCUGUGACGUCUGCGCACGCAUGAUCGUUCUGAACAAUAAGUUUGCACUGCGAUGUAAGAACUGCAAAACCAGCAUCCACCACCAGUGUCAGUCCUACGUCGAGUUCCAGAGGUGUUUUGGCAAAAUUCCUCCGGGCUUCAGGAGAGCGUACAGCUCUCCUCUGUACAGCAGUCAGCAGAACGCCACAGUCUCACAGCUGCUGCCUUUCUCACAGUCAAACCGCACUGACCCCGUGUUUGAGACGCUGCGGGUCGGCGUGAUCAUGGCCAACAAGGAGCGUAAGAAAGGAUCAGAGGACAAGAAGAACAUGAUGAUGAUGAUGAUGGAGGAAGAUGAGUCCCAGCCCAAACAGGAGGAUGAAGGAGGUGAAGGAGCAAACACAGAGGGAGACAAAAGAGGAGACAAAGCUCCUGCUGAUGACAAGAGUAAAAAGCUUCAGCCGGGGAAGAUCGGUGUGUUCAGUCAGUCUCACUACUACCUGGCUCUGUAUCGCUUCAAGGCCAUAGAGAAGGACGACCUGGACGUACACCCUGGGGACCGCGUCACAGUGAUAGAUGACUCCAAUGAGGAGUGGUGGAGGGGGAAGAUCAGAGAGAGAACAGGGUUCAUACCGGCCAACUACAUCAUCCGAGUGCGAGCAGGAGAGAGUGUCUACAAGGUGACACGCUCGUUUGUCGGCAACAGAGAGAUGGGCCAAAUCACUCUGAAGAAAGACCAGAUUGUGGUGAAGAAGGGCGAGGAGGUGAACGGUUACCUGAAGGUCAGUACGGGACGUAAGCUCGGCUUCUUCCCCUCCAACCUGCUGCAGGAGAUCUGAGGCGGACCAGCAGGCGUCUCAUCAGACCUCCAGCUCCAGAUCUGUCUCACACUGUAGCUGACAAGUUUGUUCUUGGUUGAAAGCAGCAACACUGUUAAUACUUUAUACUUGAAUUUUUAUUUCAACACGUUUUCCUUUGUUCCUUUGCAAACUUCAUACAUACAUCACUGGACAAAGCCUGUGUGCAGAAUACACUGUGACGAGUGCACCUUCCUCUGUAUGCAGAAUUAAAAAAAGAAGAAUUUCAGGUUGGAAAGAAGUUUGUGCCUCUGUAACUUUGGUUCAGUUUAGAUUUUUUAGUUGUGAGAUAUAAAGAAUCAUCUGUCUGUGAAGAAGCUUUUUAUUCAGGGUGCUUUAUUUUCAAAACGUCUGGUAACAGGUUAAUGUCCUUUUCAAUUCAAUUUACAGAAAAGCAAUGUGUUAUUAGUUUUGCCAUAAAAAGACACUGCAUUUUUA